AUGAGGCAGUUGGAGGAGAGAAGAGGACCAUAUAGGAGUGAUGUGAAGGAAGCAGUGGCAUUACCCCUGGCAGAGCACGUGAAACGAAUUUGCCGAUCGCUGCGGCUAACCGAGGGUGGUAAGGUGGCCGGGAAGGGACUGCACAGACAUCGCGAGUUGCGUCGGCCGGGGGCGUGGUCAAAGGAGAGUUUCGACGGUGGCCGCGAAGGGACUAAGCGUCUGGGGGAGGGGAGAGGAGCUGCGAGGAGGGAAAAUGGUCGUGACCACCAGCGGGGGCGUAGCUCAGGGCGCGUCAGACGGUGGCUGAGAAGGGACCCCACCGUUGGGAGGGUGGGCUGCGUCUCUCGCAGAAAGGGAAAAGGGAACGGGGGUGUGGCGGAUGGGCAGGUUAGAAGCUGGGUCCCGGGAAAGGAUCUGCCCCCUUCCCCAGGGGCGGGGAAGGAGGCGGAGAGCGCGACAGAAAACGGUCGGGGGCGUGGCCGAGGGGGGGCAGUGGACGGUGGCCGCCGGCCAGACGAGAUCAGACAGGGCCUAGAAAAUGAGGGGUUGCCGAAAGGGCGCCUGACAACGAGGGACUCGGGUGGCGGCCGGCUGCGGCUUCCGUCCCCAGGCACCGGGGAGUGGCCUCCGAAGAGUACGCGCUCACGCCGGGCGGCGGGACUCUGAGCCGAGUACGGUGGCCCGUUGGAUCUCCCUACGGGUGCCGGCAGCCCGGCGCAGUUCUCGCGAGAUCGGGCGCGGCACGGCGGGGCGGGGCCUGUGGGG